AUGCUUUUGUAUUACCAUUAUUACCAUUUUCUAGCCCGCUCGGAAAGCUGUCCCCGUCGCCUCAGUAAGCAGUAUGCCUUUGGAUCCUCCACACCACGCGACUGGUCACAUCAACAAAAAGUACCGUACCAGCACAGGAUCUACGAUGCCAAAGGACCGCCAAAGAUUCGCUCUCAGACCAUCCAUUCAUUCAACGGAUCCAUGAGAAGUGUGGCGUCAUCGUUUACACCGGCAAAGGCCGCCACAUCACGAGAGUCCCGACCUCGAUUACCUAGACCAAACUUGCCGCCGGCUCCAUCGACCAGUCGUCAAGUACGACCUUCCAGAGCCGACGACGAUGACGCCUCCUCGGAACCCGAUAUUAAAAUGCAUCAAGAGAGUCUGAAACAAUGGGCCAAGGAACAGCCGAGUAUAACUGUGAAGCAAGACGACCCCACAACGCGAACGCAGGCCAAUAAUGUGAAAAAUGAAGUAAAGGAGCCGAAACCAGAACCCCAGAAAAAGGUAGGAACUUCAAGGCUAUUAUAAGGUUCAGACAAAGGAAUACGUUAAAGUCAAAGUAGCCCUUUUAUCCAGCUGAAGUCGCGUUUUAACAUAUUUUUGUGUAAAUAAAUGCUUGAAUACAGUAAUUACCGCUUCAGGAGCCAUCCGUGGUUAAUCAGGUGCACGAAACGGAAAACGAACUCAUAUUCGAAAAGUCUGAAGACUUGCGGGCCACAGAAAAGCUAGAGACCGUGCAUCCCAGCGAAGAGCUGCACGACUUCAACAUGGUCGUUAAAAAGAAAGUCGACGCCCAAAUAGCUCAGCCCAAGCUGGACAAGAUAGCAGUACAACCAAAUAAGUGAGUAAUUAGGUCUAAACAAUAAUAAGAGUCAUUUUUGAAAUGUAAUCCUUCAGGCCUUCCAAAACGACCGUAGAAAACAAGCGAAAACAGCAUCGUCAUAAAUUGAAAUAUAUAAUUCAUACAUUUAUUAAUUACUAUUUACAAUAUAUCCAUCUUCAGGACCCCGGAGGUGAACCACAACAAUGGGACUGUUCCAUCCGAUAACUAA